UUUGGGAAAGAAUUGAAAUGGACUUUCAGCGAAGCGAUGCUAUGUUAAUGGAAAUAUUGCAGGAGCGGAAAACCAUUACUGGAUUCUUGGACGCAAUAUUUGGUUUUUUGAGACGCAAUACCGACUUUUACCACACCAAGAAAGAUGCAGAAGACAAAAUCGGUUUUCCGAAAGGAAUGCGGGAUCAAAUUCUCUAUGGCGCUAUGCAGCGCUACGACCCCGACUGUUGGCUGCAAACUAUGAGCGCGGAAAGCGGAAUUGAAGAUAGUGGGGAAAAUGCGCCGCCUGCCAUUCAGGAAGUGUCUGUAGAGACUGAUGAGCAGACGCCUCCAAAUACUCUGACACAGCCAAGUGGAGCUGCUAGCGAUGUAAGUCGGAGAUUUGAACCCGGCGACUUUAAGAACGGUGCUGCAUUUGAGCAUCACUGCUGGUCGCAAACCCUAAAGGAUUUAGAAGUGCAGGUUCAGCUGCCUCCCGGUCUUAAAACUGUCAAACAACUGUGCAUCGAUAUCAAAGCGCAGCAUAUCAAGGUGAGCAGUAAAAGUGCACCAGGGCAGGUAAUCUUAGAAGGAAUGCUAAGUCAGCGUAUACGGCAGAAUGAUGCCAUGUGGUCCAUAGAAAAUGGCCGGCUUCUGAUCUGCUGUGACAAAGCGAAGGAGCGAUGGUGGGAGCGCCUGUUUGAGGGUGACGAUGACAUUGAUAUCAAGAAACUUGACUGCGAACGCUACAUAGAUGAGCUCCCACAGGACUCUCAAGUUGCCAUUGAGAAGCUGCGAGUACAGCAAAUGGCAGCGGACAAACAACAAAAUGCUUUACACACAUCGAGUCCAGAGCAGGUCGAAACAAUAGAACGCUUGCGAAAAGCGUGGGAUGCGGAAGGUUCGCCAUUUAAAGGACAGCCCUUUGAUCCGUCGGUGGUGCGAAUGAGCUAAAACUUUAUUAGUUACAUUAGGUUACGAGAAAAUAAACGUCAACGUACGUUUAUUAGUAUAAGUAUAAGGUUAUUCUUAACUAAGAAUAAAUUAUGACUU